AUGGAGACGCUGCAGCGGGAGCAGGAGCAGGAGGCUCGGCUGCCCGCGUGCCCGCCAUGGCUACAGACGGCCAUCGCAGACAUCGAGCAGCGGGUGCGCGCGCUGGCGGUGAGCCUGCCGGACGACGCGGCGGCGGCGGCCACGGACCACUCCUUCGCGGAGCGCGCCGAGAACUACUACCACCGGCGGCCCCAGCUGCUGGCGCUCCUCACCGACCUGCACCACCGCUACCUCUACCUCGCCGACCGCUACUCCCAGUCCCUGCUCGCCAAGUCCCACCCCCACCACCUCAGCCUCAACCUCGUCCACGCCGCGGCUGUCUCCGAGUGCUCGUCCGACGUCGACGACCGCUCCUCCGACGCCGGCAGCUCCCUCUCCUUCCAGCCCCACCACAGCGCCAACGAUGACCACCACCGCCGCCACCCCGCUGCGCCGGGCGCGGACAGUGACCUUGUGGUGGCGGAGCUGGUCAUGGCGUGGGUGGGCCGGGACGUGCUGGCCCACGAGGCGGAGCGGCGGAACGCUGAGUCGGCGCGGAAGAUCGAGCUGCAGGGCAGUUUACUCGAGGUUCUCGAGUCGGAGCGGCUGGUGCUGCUGGGCGAGAACGCGCGGCUGGGGUUCCGGGCCUCGGCCGCCGAGGAGGAGGCCGCGGGGGCCACCGCCGAGCUCGGGUACGCGCGGCGCCGCGCGGCCGAGAUGGCGCGGCUCGUGGUGAAGCUGCGCGAGGACCACCGCGUGUGCAUGCUGGGCCGGAAGAUCGAGGCGCUGCAGGCGCAGGUGUACGGGCUGGAGAUGCGCAACCGGGAGUGCUACGAGGCCAUGGCCGCUUGGGAGGCCGAGCGCAAGGCCUGUGCCGGCGAGAUCGACAGGCUGCGGAGCGAGAACCGGCGGUUGGCGGCCGAGGCGCAGGCUGCACGGGAACGUGAGGCGGCGAGGAGGGGGAAGAAGGGCGGUGCCGGCGGGUGGUGGUGGCUGGCGCGGGUGCGGCUGGCGGCGGAGUGGACGCCCUGCGCGCCGGCAUCGGUCACGGUGAGGAAGGUCGGCGAGCAUAUCAAGGGCGGGAACGGCGCCGGCAAGUACAACGGCGGCUGCUUCUGCCUCUAG